CACAAGCCCAAUCCUCUCAUCUCACACUUCCGACACACCAGACUGAGCUACUAAUCUGAAAUCCAGCAGCAAGCUCCAGCAGCAGCACUGCAGCAGCCAGCAGCAAGCAAGCUACUAGCGAGCAAAUGGACGCGGCCGACUCCCCUUCCUCGUCGUCCUCGCACGAGCAGCACGGGGCGGCGUGUCCACCACCGGCGCCGCCGCGGCCGAAGCGCCCCGCGGGGCGCACCAAGUUCAAGGAGACGCGGCACCCGGUGUACCGCGGCGUGCGCCGCCGGGGCCCCGCCGGCCGCUGGGUCUGCGAGGUCCGCGUCCCGGGGAAGCGUGGCCAGCGGCUCUGGCUCGGGACGCACCUCACCGCCGACUCCGCCGCGCGCGCCCACGACGCGGCCAUGCUCGCGCUGCGCGGACCCUUCUCCGCCACUGCGUGCCACCUCAAUUUCCCGGACUCCGCUUGGCUGCUCGCCAUGCCGUGCGUGCUCCCCAGCGACCUUGCCGCCGUCCGGCGCGCCGCCCUCGCGGCCGUCGCAGACUUCCAGCGCCGGGAGGUCGCCCGCGGCGACGCCACCGUCCCCGUGGUUGAGGAUAUCGCCUCCAGCGCAACUGCGCUGCCCUCGUACAUGGACGAUGCCAGCUCGUGGGCGGCGUCGUUCCAACCUUGUGAAAUUGGAAAUUUUGACGUUCCGGUUGGCAUGUUCGAGCUCGACAUGGCCGGCGAAAUGGACUUGGGCGUGUACUACGCGGACCUUGCGGAGGGGCUGCUCAUGGAGCCGCCACAGAUGACGCCGGAUACCGAGGCGUGCUGGGAAAUUGGAUACUACAGCCAUGGAGGAGCUGAGGCCACGCUCUGGAACUACUGAACGAAACGCUCUACCCUGCUUUGGCUCCACGGAACAAACUGAAGCUGCUUGCAGCGUAAUAAAAUUGUUGAACCUUAAAUUAAUCGACUCUAAUCACAGUCCUGAACUAUAGGAAAAGGCACCUGAAACUGAAAGGACAGCAGUAGACUGCAGGUUUACUCAAAGGGAUUGUUCCUUCCGGAAAAGGACACACUCACUUCGUGUUUGGUAACCACAAGAGGCAACAAGAAUGAGAAAGAUCAACGCUCGCCGCUCGGGAAUUAGACAGGGGUGGACCAAGUAUGCUAAUCCAAACAAAAGAUGUGGGCGAAAUCCUCGUAGCCACACGAGCUGACGGGGUGAUGCUGUCUGGCGCUAUACUGCCUCCUUCCUAUAUUGUGUGGCCAAGAGGGCGAGAUAGCGAGAUGAUGUGUAACCUUUCUCUCUUUGGAAGGCGACGUCUCACUUUAGAUAUUUCGAUGUUUUUUUGGUGCAGUUAGAUAUUUAGAUUUGGUAUUGUUGCAUUCCAUUUUUGCACGAACACGACUGUAAGUAUUUCAGUAAAACAAGCAAGCGACGCAAACUCAAA